CUGUUUUCUUUCUCUCACUUGCUACAAUGGCGUUCGUUUCCACUUUUCGCCGCGUCAUUGCCGGAUCCAACAGCCUUUUGUCAUCGCCAUCCUCCUGGGCUCGCCACUGCUCAACUCUUACAACUCCCAAGCUCUUCGUAAGCGGUCUCUCCAGACUCACAACAAAUGAAAAGCUUCAGGAUGCAUUUGCUCCGUUUGGGGAGCUACUGGAUGGUAACGCUACUCUCUCCUUUGUAUUCAUCACCUCUUGGAUUCCUUAUCAAACACAUACAUUAUAUCAAAUCUCACAGACUUGCUAUUUUGGUGUUGUUGCAGCUAGAGUGAUCACAGACAGGGAGACCGGGAGAUCAAAGGGUUUCGCUUUUGUGACAUAUGCAACGAUAGAUGAUGCAGAGAAGGCCAAGGAAGGAAUGAAUGCAAAGUUCCUGGAUGGUUGGGUGAUCUUUGUGGAUCCUGCAAGACCUAGAGAGCCAAGACGGCCUCCGCAGCAGGAGCAUCAUCAGGCUUCCGCUGGAUCCGGUUUUACAACCAACAAAACUAUUGGGUGGUGUAAAUGAACAAAAUCCAAACAUUUUGGAUCUUUUAUUUAAUGAAAUGAAAGUAGCUUCUUUAAGCCAUUCGUUUAUCUGAGGCAGAGGCAAAUCCCUCUUAGACCUUAA